UUGAUCACAUGCACUCUGUCAAACUUGCUGUGGGCUGCAAAGAAAGAGCUCAAGAGCUUUUAACCAAUUCCCUCACAAGAGAUCUCCGCUUCUGUUUCGCUCAUGAUUUUUCUGUGUCUUGGAAUUUGUGGGGGGCGAGGGGGGAAACCGAAGUGGAAGGUGGAGGGAUGAAUAGGAACAAACGCAACCCAAACAAAUUUACCAAUCGUACGGGCCAAACCAAGAAGUACGUAGACUCUCCACCCCCUUUCGGUGUUCUUCGCUCCUUUUGCUACCUCUAGAUAUAAGAUCUACCUCACUUUGGGGUUUCCUGCAAGAGUUCUUUCAUCUAGAGGCAAGGAGGAAAGGAGAGCCUUGAUAUUGCUUUGUGGGUUCAACCUCAAGGAGCUACCUUCCCAAGAUCCGAAAAUUCCUACUGCCAAGAUAAAGACUGAUUGAAAGGGAAUGAUAAGAUGGAGAAUUCAUCCAAAGAAAACACUCAUUUCUUCUCAAAAAAUGCAGUGCUCUCCACCGACAGGUCAUCUUCAAGAUCAGAGUCUUCAGCUUCGAAGGAGAAAGGAGCUUUCUGUGGUGGAAUGAAGAUUUUUCUUUGUGCGUUAUCGUUUGUUUACUUUGCAAAAGCUCUCUCAGGAAGCUACUUGAAAAGUACCAUUACCCAAAUUGAAAGAAGAUUUGAUAUCCCUUCGUCUCUGGUUGGUCUCAUAGAUGGGAGUUUUGAGAUUGGGAAUCUUUUAAUAAUCAUUCUGGUGAGCUACUUUGGAGCCAGACUUCAUCGGCCAAAGAUAAUUGGAGUUGGUUGCCUCAUAAUGUCAUUUGGAACGUUCCUGAUAGCCAUGCCACAGUUCUUCAUGGGUCGCUAUAGGUAUGAGGUAUUUUCUUCCACCUCCAAUUCAACUGUCAGCAUCUCCCCAUGUCUACAGGAUCAAAACCAAAUACCACUCUCAGUCUUGGAAAGAUCUCAAGCCAAAAGUCAUGCAGGGUGUGAAAAGGAAUCUGGCAUUUCCAUGUGGAUCUACGUUUUGCUGGGAAAUCUCCUGCGUGGAAUAGGGGAAACACCCAUCCAGCCUUUGGGAAUUGCAUACAUCGACGACUAUGCCACCGAAGAGAGUGCCGCCUUUUACAUUGGAUGUGUGCAGACCGUUGCAAUUAUAGGCCCCAUCUUUGGUUUUCUUCUGGGAUCGCUGUGUGCCAAGCUGUAUGUAGACAUUGGCUUCGUAGAUAUGGAUAGCAUCUCCAUAACUCAUAAAGAUUCUCAGUGGGUAGGAGCUUGGUGGCUGGGCUAUUUAAUAGCAGGAGCGAUCAGCGUCCUUGCUGCUAUCCCUUUCUGGUUUUUACCAAAGCACCUUCCAAGGCCGGAGGCCCGAAAGGAUUCCAGCACUUCCUCUGAGCAAUCCAAGUUCAUUAUUGAAGAUAACAGAGAACAUCACAUUUCCUACCAAGAGGAAGUCAAGUUUCUGGAGUUGGCAAAAGAUUUUCUCCCUUCACUGAAAAGCCUCUUUGGGAACCCUGUUUACUUUUUAUAUCUCUGCUCCAGCAUCAUCCAGUUCAAUUCACUCAUUGGCAUGGUGACCUAUAAGCCCAAAUAUAUCGAGCAGCAGUUUGGACAAUCGUCUUCAAAGACAAAUUUUGUUAUAGGUCUCAUCAAUAUCCCUGCCGUAGCCCUUGGUAUAUUCUCUGGGGGCUUGAUUAUGAAGAAAUUCAGGCUGAACGUUUUGGGGGCCGCCAGGCUUUCCUUGUUAUCAUCUCUCUUGGGUUACCUGAUGUUGCUUCUGCUGUUCGUCAUGGGAUGCCAGAAUGCCGAGGUGGCAGGCCUGACCAUCUCCUACCAAGGUGACAGAAAAGUCUCCCCUUAUGAGCAAGUCCUGUUUUCUGCAUGCAACUCAGAGUGCAUAUGUUCCAAAAAUGAAUGGGAUCCAAUAUGUGGGGAAAAUGGGAUCACCUAUGUCUCAGCUUGCCUGGCUGGAUGCAAGACAUCCAAUGGAAGUGGGAAAGACAUGGUGUUUUAUAACUGCAGCUGUGUGAAAAUACCAGAGUUUUCAUCGAGGCAUUCCUCAGCUGUGGUCGGCCCCUGUCCAAAAGGAAACGAAUGUCCAAAAAUGUUCCUCUAUUUUCUGGCGGUGUCAGUGAUCACGUCUUAUACUUUAUCCAUUGGAGGCACUCCUGGAUACAUUUUACUUCUAAGAUGCAUUAAUCCACAACUCAAAUCUUUUGCCCUGGGCAUCUAUACUUUAGCUAUAAGAGUUCUAGCUGGAAUCCCAGCUCCUGUUUACUUUGGAGUCUCGAUAGAUACAACUUGUCUCAAGUGGGGAAGCAAAAGGUGUGGAGGCCAAGGAGCCUGCAGGCUGUAUGAUUCUAAGGCACUUAGGUAUAUCUACCUGGGUUUGACUGUUGUUUUGGGCACCAUGUCCACCUUUCUAAGCAUUGCUGUCCUGAUCGUUCUAAAGAAAAGAUACGGACCACGCAGUGAAAGCAUCACAAUCGGUGGAGAGAGGGAAACCUCUUCUGCAAAGAGGAGCAGUGACUUUGUCAACAGCGACCACUCCAUUCAGACAACUUACUGGCCAGAGAAGGAAACACGACUUUAGGAAGACUUGAUGUCUCUGGAAAAAAAAGGUUUUGUUGGAAGCAGGAAAUUCUGACUUAAGCUCCAUUAUAAAUUCAGGGGUUUGGAUAAGAUGUGGGAAGAGAGGAUGUAACUUUUUACCAAAUGUCUUAAACUUGUAAAUACAAUACACUUUUCUAGAACCUGUAGAGGCCACAAAAUGCUCUUUGCCUUUGUAUUUCCUAAAAAGAAAAAAAAAAUCACACACCUACACAGAGUAGAACUUAUUCUCUGCAUGUAACAGAUGAUAGACUUGGUGUGUAAAUGAACGGAGCGACCAUUUCUACCCUUUCUUGAAAUAAUCUUUCAUUUGGAAGAAAAGUUCUAGCUGGCCUGCUGUUAGGGCAGGAUGGUCCAGAAACCAUGAAGAAGAUGAGAAAAUUAGAAAAGGUAUGCUAGAUCAUAUCAAAAGCCUAUCUAAUUCAGCCUUUGGUUGACACAGAAGAUGUCCAGAUCCCUCCAGGAAGUCCACCAGCAGAACAUGAGUUCAAGAACACCAUCCUGUUUGUGCUCCUUGACAACCAAUGCCUAAGAAUGCUCCCUUCCGCAUUGCAAGUAAUAUAUAGCUGCUGUGGUUUAUAGCCACUCAUAUUCUUUUCCGUCUCCUCAUCCAUGUGUAAGAAGUAGCCCCACCCCAUAUCUUUAUGCUUCUGCAGAAGAGGGGAAAUGGUCUCAUGAACACAGCAGGGAGACAUUUUGUCUCAUGUGCCUUGCACAUAUAUUUCUUUACAACCUUCAAGAUAGAACCCUCACUGUUUAAUUUAGAAGGAAACCGACAGCAAGCACCCUGAUUUUCCAGGUUGUGGAAUUCUCCAUGCCACCCAUUUCUGUGCUUCAAAAGUAUGACUGAAGAACAUGCACAGACCGGAUCAGCUUGUAUAUAUACCGUAUUUUUCUGUGCAUAAGAUGCCCCCAUGUAUAAGACG